CACCGACACGAAACCAGCCUUCCUUUUAACAUAGCGAGGACGAGCUUCGGGCUUCAGUUCGCCCCCAACAACUCUCCCCAAUCCUCCACUCGCCUCAGAGCAAUGGCGUCCAUCAUCGUGCAGGUGUCAGCCAUCCUCCUCAACCUCAUCGCCUUCGGGCUCGCCGUAGCCGCCGAGCAGCGCCGCAGCAAGGCCACGGUGACGCCGGACCUGGCCAAGGAGUACGACUACUGCGUCUACGACUCCGACGUCGCCACAGGCUACGGCGUCGGCGCUCUGCUCCUCCUCACCGCCGCGCAGGUCCUCGUCAUGGUCGCCAGCCGCUGCUUCUGCUGCGGCCGCGGCCUCAAACCGGGGGGCUCCCGUGCCUGCGCGCUCAUGCUCUUCCUCUUCUCAUGGUUGACCUUCCUCGUUGCAGCGGCGUGCUUGCUGGCAGGAUCAGUCCGUAACGCAUAUCACACCCGGUACAGGGGCAUCUUCAACGGCGACCCUCUGUCUUGCGAGACGUUGCGCAAGGGUGUGUUUGCUGCUGGUGCAGCUUUCACCUUCUUCACAGCCAUCCUGAGCGAGUUCUACUACAUCAGCUACUCCAAAUCCCGGGAUGCUGCUGGUGGCGCCCCCUACGGGGGCUCCAGCAUCGGCAUGGGCCCAUACAACUGAUGAGCUUGCUGGAGGCGUAUGCAGUGGUUCAGUCCGUUUCAGGGUGGAUCAAUGUAGUUCGUGGCGUGCAGUGUUGUUGUUAACAUUACCGUAGUGCUGUUACUGUGUAAUUGGGUUUACUGUUCUCGUUAGGUUCUUGUAUGAGAUUACUUGGUUGGGCUGUAUACUAUUUGGAUUAUUGGAUUGGAUUCUGGAGAUGGAAUGAAGGCAUUCGUGUAACUAUGA